GGAUGGUGUGUCAGUUAUGUAAGCAGGCCCGUGCCUGCCGGGAGUGGCGUCGAUUUUUCGCGAUGGCUUCGACCGCGCAUCACGGCCGCCUGCCAGCAUCGGGUCUGCGAUUGGUUCCAGCAGCUCCCCAACACACCUUACAAUGCCGCCAACCUCCAACAUAUGGGGCGCAUGCCGCUCCAUCGCCAUACGAUCACGACGGCCAGUGUGCCAAUCACAACGGCCUGCGAUCGCGGCGAUUGCGCGACAACUCUCCACUGAUCCAGGAGCGCCGCGCCCGAACGGGAUCCCCAACAUACCCGGUGUGGAAGGAAGCCUGGCUGCUGGCCGCCCAACACCGCCGUCUCCCGAGGACAGCAUCAGAGAGGAGGAUGUUCAGAUGCGGGAGCCGACGCCGGGGGAGCUGGCCCUGUCGCAGCUGGAGCUCACGGCGAUCGGCCUGAACCCCUUCGGCGGGUUCAAGUUCGGGGAGCCGGAGGUACCCGUGGGCAAGCUGCACGAGACGAAAUUCCACAUGAAGCACCGCUACGAGGAGGGUAUAAUACAGCUCACCAAGCUGCUCAUGCGCGACGGAAAGCUGAGCAAGGCACAGAGGGACAUGGCGAUGAUCCUCAACUACCUCCGAACCUCCCCGCCGCCCAAGCUCAACCCCCAGCGGCCCCUGCUGGCCGGGUCCCCGCCGCCCGAGCACCUGCCGCUGAACCCGAACCUGUACCUGAUGCUCGCCAUCGACUCGGUGGCGCCGCUGAUCCGGAUCCGCGGCUUCACGGGCCUCGCGGGCGGCGGCAAGGCGCUCGAGGUGCCCGUGCCCAUGUCGCGGCGGGCGCGGCGGCGGACCGCCUUCAGCUGGAUCAUGGACGUGGUCGAGAAGAAGACGUCGAUGGGGUCCGGCCGCAAGAUGCUGGCGCACCGCAUCGCCGAGGAGAUCGUCGCCGUCGUCGAGGGCCGCAGCACCGUGUGGGACAAGCGCAACAACGUGCACAAGACGGGCACGAGCGUCCGGGCGAACCUGACCUCGCCCGCGCUGCUGAAGAGGAAGGUCUGAUCCGUGCCUCUCGGCUGGUUGGUUGUGGGUGGGUGGGUGUGUUUGAGAAACUGCAUGACGGGUGGGGGUGGCCUGUCUACUACGCACGGGCUUGUAUGAAAUGCUACAUGGUGUAUACUCGUGCGCGAAUGCCUGUUCGAGCAGCUGGAAAGCUGGCGGGCUGUUUGUGUGUGACUGUGGGAUUCCUCCGUCUCACUGGUGAUCCAGCUGUCUGGAAUGCAACGGCACAUCACAUCUACUAAUGCCAUACCGCUGCUGAGGCUUCUCUUUUUUACAUGUAUAUAAAAAAGAAAGCAUCAUAGCGGAGUCCCAAUGGCUUAUGUACUUGAUAUCUAUAUGAUCAUCUCGCGUGGGGGAUUCCUCCACAAAACGUGAUUGCUUAGGAGGGUAUCAUAUAGAAAGGCGGAUGAUCCCUCCCACAGGACAGAGUCUCGUAGGCAGCUAU